UCCCUAGACCUCAAAAACAUUUGCAUUAAAACACAGAGCAUAGAAGUAUUUUGUUGUCUCCCUCACCGUCAGAGAGAGAAAGCCAUCAAACACAAGCCAUGGCUCAAACCAUGUUGCUCAUGUCUGGUGUUUCCACUGGCCAUGUGGUCGAUUUGAAGAGAGACACUUUACUCAAUUUCCAAGUUCAAAAACUAAGGCCCAAACGGCCCUUCUCUCAUCUACUGCUCCCUUCUCCUCUUCCAACUGAUUCUUCUUCUUCAUCAUCCCAAGCAUUUACCACUUUUGCUCUCUUCAAAUCAAAAACCAAGGCCCCACCCAAGAAGGUUGUAGCGCCAAAGCCAAAGGUUGAAGACGGCCUCUUUGGCACCUCCGGGGGCAUUGGCUUCACAAAGCAGAAUGAGCUCUUUGUGGGUCGCGUUGCCAUGAUUGGCUUCGCUGCAUCCUUGUUAGGUGAAGGAAUCACAGGCAAAGGAAUUCUAUCACAAUUGAAUCUGGAAACUGGAAUUCCCAUAUAUGAAGCUGAGCCUCUUCUUCUCUUCUUCAUUCUUUUCACCCUGCUUGGAGCCAUUGGUGCUUUGGGUGAUCGUGGUAAAUUCGUUGAUGACCCACCCACUGGACUUGAAAAGGCUGUCAUCCCACCUGGCAAAAGCAUCAGAUCCGCACUGGGCCUUAAAGAAGGAGGUCCGCUAUUUGGAUUCACAAAGUCGAACGAGCUGUUUGUAGGGAGAUUGGCUCAGUUGGGUAUUGCUUUCUCUUUAAUCGGAGAAAUUAUUACCGGGAAAGGAGCUUUAGCACAACUAAACAUUGAGACCGGGCUUCCGAUUAGUGAAAUUGAGCCGCUUGUGUUGUUCAACGUUAUCUUCUUCUUCUUUGCCGCGUUGAAUCCUGGAACUGGUAAAUUUGUGACUGAUGAGGAAGAAGAGUAGGUGCUACUUAAUACUUAUGCUUGUAAGAAACUUUCUUGAGCUUCUUUGAUGUACGAAAUAAUAAUCUCACCCUCUUAAUUUUCAUGUCUAUUGAUUGAUGUCGUUUGCAUUUCA